CGGCGCAAGGUGGGUGCCAAUAAUACGCUACAUCGUCAUCAAGAUCACCGCAAUGAACACCAUCACUACCAUUCGCAGAGACAUCAGUAGUAGCGCAAGUACAUCUCCAUCAUUACCACCAUAAUUCCUCCAAGGUCCACCCCAGACCCACAAGAGUCCGAAACAACCACGACGAUGCCUUACUCAACCUUCACGAAACUCCACACCGCCCCAUCCCUCCUCCUGCUCCACCUGCUUCUCCUGCCACGUGGGAUGGCUCCCAUCCCAACGCAGACCCGUGGAGGUGACCGCUCGUGGCCAAGGACCCUGCCCUGCGAAGUGGACGUCGUUAAAGAGACCGGGGCCAUCACGGUCGACUGCUCCGGCCUGGGUCUGACCCAUGUCCCGUUUGGGAUCCCAAAACACGUCACGCAGUUGAACCUGAGCAACAACAACAUCUGUGGUGUGCAGCGGAACGAUUUCAUCCAUUUCCAGGACACUCUCCGGGACCUUGACCUGAGUGGAAACUGCCCUUCGAGUGUGACCUCCCCAAACUGCCCGUGCGACAACGGUAACUUCACACUUGGUGCGGCUGCACUCUCCUCACUCAACCUCUCUUCACUCAACCUUGGUGGCAAUAGCUUCUCCCGGGUUCCAUCGGAACUUCCACGGAGCCUUCACACCCUGAACUUACAGUUCAACCGCAUUUCCCAGGUCUUCGCCUCUGACUUUGAGUACCAUUCAGCGCUUAGCAUCCUUCACCUGGGGUACAACUGCUUUGUGCACAACCCAUGUGGCCGGGCAUUCGGUGUGGAGCCAGGUGCCUUCAGUGCUUUCAACCUGUCCGAGCUGCACCUGCCCAGCAACAAUGUCAGCAACCCCCCGACUGGACUGCCUGCCGCUCUGACGCUACUGGACUUGAGCGGGAACCAGCUGCGCACCUUCGAGCAGAAGCAUCUGAGCGACCUCUCCUCCCUGCGCUUGCUGGACCUCAGCAUGAACUGCCCCCGCUGCUACAAUGCCCCUUACCCGUGCCACCCGUGUCCAGAUAAUGGACCCCUCAACAUCACCCACGAUGCUUUCUUUAAUGUAACUGAACUUCGCAGCCUGAACCUGCGCUCUGUGUCACUGAGGAGCAUUCCUAGCCAGAUGUUCAAGAAUAACCCCCAUCUCACUCACCUUGACCUCUCUCUCAACUAUCUUGCAAAAGCACUGGCCGAGGGCUCCUUCCUGCUCCACCUGAAGCGACUGGAGGUGCUGGACCUGUCUUUUAACUAUGAGCCAGGCCAUUACUUCAAGGAGCUGAAUCUGUCAUCGCACUUUGCGGCACUCACCUCACUCAAGAAGCUGAUGAUCAAGGGCUACGUGUUUGAGCGCCUUGAGGACUCUCAGAUCGAUGUCCUCCACAACCUGUCACACCUCACUUCACUUGACUUGGGCAUUAACUUCAUAAAUCACCUGGACCUUGCCAUCUUCAAAACAAUGAGUGGGCUCAGCAGCAUCUUCCUCUCGCAGAACCAGAUCUCGCCACCUGUGGAGAAGCGAGGGGAGGGCCUUAAAUUCGGGUUAGACGAGUCCCAACAGGUCCCGGGAAUUGAGAGAAUCAUUUUAGAUGAUAGAACCCAUUCCAUUACCUCAGCAAAGUACGAGGAGUGCAAGUCAUAUGGGAAGUUACUGGACCUCAGUGUCAAUAACAUCUUCUUCAUCAACCCAAUGCAGUUCAAAGGCGCUGAGGAUGUGCACUGCCUAAAUUUAAGCACCAACGCCAUUGGGCAGACUCUUAAUGGAUCGGAAUUUGUCAACCUCCCCAACCUGAAGUACCUCGACCUCUCCUUCAACCGCCUGGACCUCUUCCACUCGAGUGCUCUGACUGAACUAAAGAGCCUCGAGGUACUGGACCUGAGCUACAACAGACACUACUUCUCCAUGGAUGGCAUCGUGCACAAUAUAAAUUUCAUCUCCAACAUGACAUCACUACGGAAGCUUAACCUUGGCUGGAAUGGGAUCAAGAGCCUGGGGCCCACGAGAAUAAUUCGCAGCCACACCCUCACCGAUCUCUACUUCGACGGAAACAACCUGAAUGUACUAUGGGAAGAUGGCAAUGAGAACAACUACAACGUGUUCGAGAACCUGACACAUAUAAAAGUGCUCAACAUAUCCUAUAACAACCUAAAUUCCAUCCCAAACGGCAGUGUCCUCCUCCACUUGAGGAACAUUCAGGAGUUGAUCGCAAGCCACAACCAUCUGAACAAUUUCCCGUGGGAUGAACUACGGUACAUGGCCAACCUCAGCGUGCUGUCGCUAGACCACAAUCACCUUGAUGCACUACCAAUUUCUCUGCUAGACUUCAAUAUCUCCAUUACCAAGCUGUCCAUAAGCCACAACCAUCUGACCACAAUCAGCAGGUACUUCUUGCUGCAUGCCCCAAGCCUUGCUAUCCUGGAUGUUUCAUACAAUAAAAUUGCUGGAGCUCAUCGUGAUGAUUUCCCCAGAGAUGCCCUUGACCACUUGCAAACGCUGAUGCUGGAAGGGAACCCGUUUCUCUGUACCUGUGAGAACAUCUGGCUGGCACAGUGGAUCAAUAGCACUGAUGUGAACAUCCCACAUGUCGCCACGGGGCUCCUGUGUGACCGGCCCGAUGGGCACCGUCACAAGAGUGUCCUGGUCACCCUGGACUUCAUGGAGUGCGAGUUCAUUGGACUCAUGCUGGGACUGUUCCUGCUCUACAAUACGAUCAUAUUAUUGCUGAUGGGCUCGUCCUUUGUGUGGGCACGCUACCGAUGGGACGUUGCGUACACCGCGCGUUUUUACGCCGCACGAUGCUGCCGUGGUCACCCUAAUGGUGGCAGUGGCUCCAAUGGCCAGGACUAUCGCAAGCUUGAGUGCGGCUAUGAUGCCUUUGUGGCAUACGACUCGAGCGACAUGGACGUGUGCGAGUGGGUCCUACAAGAAAUGCGUGUCCACAUGGAGGAGGCUGGCCCAUACGGGGCCCAAUGCACUUUCCGUUUGUGUUUAGAGGACCGGGACUGGGUACCUGGGAUGAGCGUGGCUGACAACUUGGUGGCAAGCGUGCACGCCAGCAGGAGAACUGUGUUUGUCCUUACACGAUCUUUUGCGGCGUCGGGUCGGUUCCGUGAGGCCUUCCUCAUGUCACAUCAGAGGCUGCUGGAUGAGAAGGUGGAUAUGGUGAUCCUCGUGAUGCUGGAGAGGAUGCGCCCGUCCUUUACACGCUCACGGUAUAUGCGUCUCCGACAGCGACUGAGCCCCGGCUCCAUUCUGCGCUGGCCGACCAACCCCCACGCUCAAAAGAUAUUCUGGCAGGGCCUGCGGGAUGCCUUGGCCGGGCCCAGCAAAUCAGCCGCACAGGCUGCCAAGCGACGACGACGACAACAUGACAGUGAUGCAGAUGGGCGGGAACUGCCCGAUGGUUGUAGUCUAGUCCUGUAAAUUAGUGCUAGAGGUGAAGAAGAGUCACUAUACCAGUCCGAGAGAUAUUUCAUUAUUGUAGAUUAACCCUUUAAGACCUUGUCUAGGGGAGACAUGUCCUCUAGGUCCUAUAAUGUACAGUAUUAUAGUAGGAUUUGUCCUAUAGAUCAUUCCAGAUCAUGUUUAAGCUGUAGGCCAAUCCUUUUGGAUCUAUUGACCAGUCCUAUAGAUCAAUCCCUUCGGUCUAGAGCAGAGGUUGGCAACCUUGCAAAUAAGAAGAGAUAUUUUUUAUUUGACCAAAAUAGUUUGAAAGCCACAUUAAACGCAGACCUACUUGUACAAAUACACAAACAUAGCAGGUAUACAGCAGAUUACAAACACAUUGUGACGUAAAUAGGUGAUGAAAUAAACGGUCUAUUUCGUUUUUUUCCCUCCUUAGUUAUUAUUUAACAAUAUGGUUUGACUGUACAUUUUGUUGUCACCAAGACAUUCCCUAGUGACCCAUCCCCUGUGGCUCUGUAGCCGCAGGUUGUCGUCACCUGGCCAAGAGGAUUUUUUAAGCUAAUUGUGUCCAAAUAAUUUGCGUUGAGGGCCAGAUUGACUAACAUGCAAAGAGCAAUAGGAUAUAUAAAUAAAACAUACUUAUAUAAUCUUAAUGUUGGAGCUUUCGUGACUGCAGGAAUUAUUCUUUGGUUCUUUUGGUAAAGUCACGUAUAAUAAUAAAUUAAAUAAUAGCAUACGACGUUUCGAUUGCGACACAAGCAAUCAUCAUCAGGUAUAAUGAAAUAGCGACACCAAAUUUAACCAGAAAACCACAGACAGACAUAUAAGCAGACAGAUAUCACCAAGAUACAUAGAGAGAGCAACACAGGUACAGAGAGGGGUGAUCCUCUCUGUGGGGUGGCCUUAAAUAGACAGAGGGGGGCGGAGGCAGAGAGAGGGAGGGGUUAGAGAAACAAUUUACAUGUCAAUGAGUACGAAGAGACGCGUAGUAAAGUACGCAGGCUUAGAAACGUCGUAUGCUAUUAUUUAAUUUAUUAUUUUAUCUUUAUACGUGACUUUACCGAAAGAACCAAAGAACAUACUUAUAUAAUUACUUGACACGGAUACACCUUGCAUAUAACGAUGUUUUUUUUUUCUUGAUUAAGAUCUUCCCAAGCCUCCGCCAACUCUCACAAUUAUGCACUCUAAUAAUCCAUGUAGCACUUGCUACAUGGAUUAUUAUCUCCAUCUCCUUGGUAGACAACGUCCGGCGAGACACAUUGUUCCCUGGCUGCUACUCCAUAAUUAUUCUUGACCAUCGGUCAUCAUCCCUUCUAGCCAUGGGGUGGUGGUGUUCAAGCCCAUUUACUUUUCUUAAUAGUUUAAGAUCAUGCCCGUUCACAUGCGCAUGUCAUCUCCUCCACGUGUUCCUCUUUCGUAUGUAUGUUGAGCUUCUUUCGUAACCAUACAUAAUUCCAAGUGUGCAUCUCUUCUCGCUUCUUUGUGCACUUUUUUUUUACCCACAUUAUUUGUUAAGCCGAGCUAUUCGAAACAAAUGGCACGUGGCACC